CAGAUCAAUAAAACCCUGAACAAACUCUUCAAAGCAGAAGAAAUAACAAAGCAAGACAAAUGGCGUAUGAAAUCGAAUGGACUCGAUUCUACGGCAGACCAAAACUACACAAACCCGAUAUCCCUCUACGACCAAUAGUCUCACUUCUGGGAACCCCAACAUACAACAUAUCAAGAGAACUUUCGAGAAAACUGAAACACCUCAUUCAGUCAUGCGGACAUUCCAUCAAGUCACCAACAGAAUCCUUAGAAAAGAUCAAAAAUAUUAACAUAGAAAACGAUGAAUUAAUGAUAUCCUUCGAUGUUAAAGCACUAUACACAUCCAUCGAACCUCAAUUGGCCAAGGAAACGAUAUCCCUCCUGAUCAAUGAAGACAAAAACCUUUCAGAACGCACAAAACUCAAAUGUUAUUAUUAUUAUUCUGUAUCGAACUGGUUGACCUCUGUUGGUAUAUGUGCUGCUAUGAGGCUGUAUCAACAUUGUCUGAUUAUUUCCUUUUUUUGGGGUGUAGGUACAUAAAUCUAACAACUGGGUGCCAAACAAGAUGAAACGUUCUUCCUGGAUUCCAUCACUAGCCACCACUAGGCGAAUUAAAUUAUUAUUUAAUAAUAGUGAUUAUCAUUUUGACCAUCCGAGAUAGCCGUGGUUUGUCCAGACUAGUGAUUAAUAAAGGUGAAUUGAAAAUUUGAACCACGGCGGGAUUCGAACCAGCGACCAUCAGGUUUCCUGCCCGAUGCUGUAGUCUGCCAAACCACAGCUAUCUCAGAUAGUCAAAAUGACAAGCAAUAUGAUGCCCCCUCUCUAACUGAGUUAGAUUUGGUUUGAGAUGAGAAGUCGUGGCCAG